UUUCCCAUUUCGAAUUUCCAGUAUUUAGAAUUAAUUGGCACUGGAUUAAAGAUUUGUACAUUAACACCCUACUUUGACAGAUAGAAAUCUCAAGAAUUUAUCAGCUUUGUUUUUCUAACCUCCUGGGUACUGCUACUAUAGUAAUGGAGGCUAUAAUUUACGAAUUUCUGACACAUGGGUUUCAAAGUUUAUCGUCCAGCACAAACUAAUGUUAGUGUCUGGUUGAAAAACAGCCUGAUAGCUCAUCAUAUAUUGUUCUUGGUGUUAAUGGCAACUCUUAUUGGUCUAGCAUGCUGGUUAUUGAUCUGGACAUUAAGAUUUUCUCAGUUCGAAACUAUUUUGAAGACAUAUUACUUCUCAUCUGGAAAACUUAUUUUGCUUCUGUCAUCUAUAUUUGGGGCUGGAGUGGUUGUUUUUGGAUAUUGUAUCUUCAACGUAGAGAGCCCUAUGUUAUUGUUAAUACAUAUCAUCUGUACUUUUAUUCUUGUUGUAGCCUUUUUAUCAGUAAGCGUAUGUGGUUAUAUGCUGCUGCUACAGUUGGAAAAUGAGUUACCGACUAAAUUUACACUGGCUUUAACUAAGUAUUAUGGAGUUAAUAUGUCACUUCGUCGAAAUGUGGAUAUAACAAUGACAGUGGAUGAAAUUCAGUUUAAGUUUAAAUGUUGUGGUACUUAUGGUCAACAAUCUAGUAAUUCUUCAUGGUAUAUUUAUAGAAAAUCAAGCGUUUGGUAUCUUGUGACUCAGGAAAAAGCUUCAAAAUCUCAACUUCAAUAUGUCCCAGAAAGUUGUUGUGUCUUAAAGGAUAAAUAUUUUGAGUUCAAUUCUUUCACAGAACUUCAAUUAAAAAGUGAUGUUUUCCUAGACAGAGAAAUCUGUGUCGGUUAUAAGUCACUUUCUGCAAGAGAUGAUAUUGCUCCUCGUAUCGACAAUCCAGGAUAUAUAACACGAAGUAAUGCUUAUUUGCACGAACAGGUAAGGUUUUCGGUGCUUUUCACCUUCAUAUUCUCUUCUUUAUUAUAAGGGGUGUGUAACAGUCGUCAAGCAAGAUUAUCGGCAGUAUGCCAUCAUGUUGGCUGCUUCAGGGACAACUGCUCUUGUUUUAUCUAUAAUUGGACUAAUUAUCUCAUUCGCGUUAUUAUCUCACAUUGAAUAUCAACAGUUUAUUCGAAUUUCUACUGAAUAUGGCUCAUGCAAUAUCACAACAAACACGGAAUUAUCUGCACGUGAUAAUAUUAGCAUUAUAUCGAAGCAGACGUCAAGUAGUGAUAUACUAGUUAAAGCGUAAAAUUAUUUGUAUAAUAAUAAUUUUCGUAUUCUUUUAAACUCAUAUCAUGUCAUAUCAUAUUAAAUUUACCAGCAUUUUUACACAGAUAAAAUAAAG